AUGGCAACCAUGCCGUUUGUCAGUGAGGGGAAGUGUGUGAGUGUGGAGUGGGAUUUCUUGCAAGGACUGUUGGCCAAGCCUCCCACCCUGCCCUGUCUUCAGAACCUGCGUAAAGAGAAGUCUCGCAAUGCAGCUCGUUCGCGGCGGGGGAAGGAGAAUUUCGAGUUCUUUGAGCUGGCCAAGAUGCUGCCUCUGCCCGGGGCCAUCACCAGCCAGCUGGACAAAGCCUCGGUCAUCCGGCUGACCAUCAGUUACCUGCAUAUGCGCAUCUUUGCCAGCCAGGGAGACCCGCCCUGGAGCCCUCUGCUGGAAGGAGACAGCAACUGCAGCAAAGUAAGAAGAUCAUCUCACUCUCUGGCCACUGACAUAUUUGAACAGCAUCUAGGGGCGCACCUCCUGCAGUCUCUGGAUGGCUUUGUGUUCGUGGUCAGUCAAGAGGGACGAUUUCUCUACAUCUCAGAGACAGUUUCUAUCUACCUGGGACUCUCACAGGUGGAGCUGACCGGCAGCAGUGUGUUUGAUUACAUCCACCCAGCGGACCACGUUGAGAUGGCGGAGCGGCUGGGGAUCAGGCCGCAUCUGAGGGCCGAGGCUGGCUGUCACACGGCCCCUGAGAGCGCUUCCAGCUCCGCAUCCACCUCCUCCCUAGCUGGAACCCCUGAACCUGCUCCAUCUAGUCCUCAUUCUCCAGCUGAUGAACCUCCCGACCGCGGUUUCUUUAUCCGCAUGAAGUCCACUCUCACCAAAAGAGGCCUGCACGUCAAAUCUUCUGGGUACAAGGUGAUCCACGUGACAGGACGAAUCCGAUGCCGCCCUGCACUUGUUCCAGGCUCUGCACGUUCAGUGCGUCGACCUUUGGGUUUGGUUGCAUUGGCACACACACUCCCGCCUACCACGCUUAAUGAAGUCCGCAUGGAGAGCCAGAUGUUUGUCUUCCGAGUGAACAUGGACCUACAGGUCACAUAUUGUGAGAACAGGAUCUCAGAGUACAUGGAUCUGACCCCAGCAGAGGUGGUGGGACAUACCUGUUAUCACUUCAUCCAUGUAGAAGAUCUGGAGAACCUCCGGCAGAGCCAUGAAGACUUGCUGAGGAAAGGCCAGGUGGUGACCAAUUACUACCGUUGGUUGCAGAGGAGAGGAGGCUACCUGUGGAUUCAGUCCACAGCUACCGUCUCAAUCAACCACAAAGCCCCCCAUGAACGUAACGUCAUCUGGGUCAAUUACGUUCUCAGUCGAACAGAGUUGCCCGACACACCCCUGGAUGUACUGCAGCUUCCAGAGAGCAUAAGAGCAGAGCGACUUCGAAUAAGCUCCUCUCCCACCGACAGCUCCCAACAGGCCCGAGGCUCACAGUCAAUGAAGAACUCAGUGGGGAAGAGUGACCCUGAUACUAAAGCCAGAGAGAAAUUCGGUGCUGCUGCCAUCCAAUCAGAGGACAGGAGGAAGCGCCUGCUGAGGUCCGACCCCGAGGGCGCUCCACCUGAAACCCGACGCAGGCUGGAAGAACUCCGUCACACCGAAGAGAGCGUGUCAGCCUCCUCGGACCUGGCGAGUGAAAGCGAGGGGGAAGAGGAGGAAGAGACAGAGUGGGACCAGGGGGGAGACAGUGACAGAUUGAAACAAGAAGACGGCGGUGGAGGAGGUAAACACAGCAGAGGAGGAGACACCCCCACUAGAGGGGAUAGGGGGGGCAGGGUGCACAACGGCCGGGCAGUGAUCCAACAGCUGAAGAGUGUAGUGACCCCGUCUCCCCUGCCUUGCAGCCCCAGCAUCAAGACUGAACACGAAGCCCUGACCACUGGGGGGCGCUGGGGGUCUCACACACAGACCUCCACCUCGCACACACACACCACCCAGCCCCAACCCUCACAUGCACACACACCCUCCAGCAGCCUCAAUGGCGACAGCCCCACCACCCCAAUACCCGACUCAUCAUCCAGCAGUGAAGCCCCUCCAAAAGGGUUGUUUACUCCCCCGUCCCCAGCUCUGUCUCCCGCCAUGUCCGUGUCUUCCCCGUUGCCCCGUGAAGAGAGGGUUGUAUCGGGGGUGGUCAGUCGGUGCAGUGGAGGUAGCGGCGGUCCUGACUUUGAGCUGCUACAGAGACUGGCUGCAGGCGGCGCAGCAGGGCGGGUCCUCUUCCACCCCCUUGCCCUCGGCCCUCAGGGCCCUCAGAGCCUCUACGCCCCCAGCACUAUCCGCUACGCUCCACCUGAGCUGCCCCCCUCCCACCACCACAGCACAGGACACAGCGAUGGCCUGCAGCUACGCUCGGACCACCACAAGGGACCCCCGUCGGCCUUCUUCCCCCACCUACAGCGGCUGGCUGGCUUGCCACCCUUCAGUGGUUUCUCGCCGUCUGACAGCCCUUUCUCAUCUGGCCUGCCCUUCUGUAUGAAUGGACUGAGGGGGGCUGCAGGCUCAGAGGAGGACUGA